GAAUGUUUUAGGCUUUUAGCCAAAGCUAACACUUUCGUCGGUCGUAGUUACUAAGGGCUAUGAAUUUCCUAUUUGUAACAAACUGGGGAAAUUGCGGGCGUGAUACAAACGGAACAAAAUAGAGAUUAAAUUUGCUAUUGAGAGCCUGAACCUUACCGAACGUUCCAUAUGGGCAUUUUGAAAAAAAGCUCAGAUGAGCUUGUGGUAGAGGAUCUGAGUCGUGAGAUGUACUCCAUUGGAAACAACUACUGUAAAGAAAAUUUACCACUCGGAGCAAAACUUCAAUUGCAAGCUUUUAUACACAUCUCAAGCUUUAAGAAAACACAAAUAUCGUAUCAAGAAAAAUGGCUGAGCCGAAUAUCAGUCAACUCUGCUGUUGAUGCCUUUGGGUUUGGAUUGCCAAAAUUAAGCAGAAUAAUUGAUAAGCUUUCGAACAAGGAAUUACUAUUUGUUCUACAUGCUAUACUGGAAACAGAAGUUGAUUACCCUGGAAAAUCCCAACUUACGGAGCAGGUUCUAGACAAAAUUUUCAUAUUAGAUGAUGCAUCCAGUAUUCUAACCAAGAUCAUUAUGAUGCCAGAUUCUGGACGUAUUGGUCUAAAAACAGCUACCGUUGAACGUAUACUUGUGAACCAUUCAAAGGCAUUGGACGCGUACUGUGAAAGAUUGAACGCACAAUUGGAGAAAGGUCAAAUUGAAUCAUGGAUGGUCAAAGCAUGUUCUGAGAGCCCUCAGCUAUACGACACCAUCUGUACAACACUGAUGCAAAAGAAUUCUACCAACCUUCCAAAAUUUGUAGGUAACAUUUGUGAACAUGUACAUGUCUUGCCAUAUCCUAGUCAUGAACUGUCUUGUGUAAUGCUUUGCAUGAUUACCCCCAAAGUGGUUUUUUCGCCCUUGAAGGAAUUGCAUUAUUCAAAACUGUUAGACGAGUUGUUUCGUCUCUGGUAUACUCGUCCCGAAUCGAUUUUCAAAAUGAUUUCUCAUUUCCCUUGCAUAAUUCAGUGUCUGUCAGAAAGUUGUAACAACAAUGUCAAUGCCAAAAGACUAUGCAUCAACUUGAUGUCAUCUAGUCUAAUCAUGCAGCAGUCAACAAUGAACAAAUAAAAAGUAGCAA